AAGCUAGUCGAAAUAACUAUUGAUAUAUUUCUGGUUAUAACACUGUGCAGUUUUUGGAAAGUACACGGUCAAAAUGCAGGUACAGGAAGGCGCAGAGAUGGAGUUGUAGACGUGUCAAACAUUAUAAAUCGCGCCAUGUUGGAUCCUACUCAUGUAAGCCACGGCGGUAGUUCCGGAAUUCCGCUCGGCAACGUCCAUGUUGAUCUGCCCGGAGAGCACGGUAACCAAGCGAACGUUGCUGUCGUUCACAGAGAAGGAGCUCCGUUCCCGGGACAUGUUGAUCAGCCAGGUAGCCCAGGAGUUCCGAUAGGUAGUGUACACGUCGAUUUGCCAGGUGAGCACGGAAACCACGGUGACAUGGCGGUCGUUCACAGAGAAGGAGCUCCGUCCCCGGGACAUGUUGAUCAGCCAGGUAGCCCAGGAGUUCCGAUAGGUAGUGUACACGUCGAUUUGCCAGGUGAGCACGGAAACCACGGUGACAUGGCGGUCGUUCACAGAGAAGGAACGCUUCCUACCGUGGACCUCUGGGGAUCAGGUUUUGCUCCCACCGGACCAUUGCCAGGUACGCAAGGAUUUGGAUUUUCGCCGAUUGCGCCUUUGCCAGAGCAAGGUUUUCAUCCCGGGGUGCACGGCGAUCCCAUAGGCAGGCCUGGUAUACCACUCGGACCUGUAUUUCCCACCAAUGAGCUUCCGGGAACUCAGAACGAUCCAUUGAGACCUCGCCGCCCCCGGGGGCGUGGUCGAGGAUGGCGAAGACGUUUCCAAGAUGACCUUUUAGGACCAGUUGGUGUUAACUUACCGGUAGUAGACUCCCCAGCGGAAAGAGGCGGUCGACGCGGUACACAUGAUCACGAACAUUCUGUGCCCGCGCCUACGAAUCCCGGAUCUGGAAGCGGUAAACCCGAACAUAAGCAUCCACCUUCCACACCUGCGCCUACAAAUCCAGGAUCUGGUAUAACCGUCAUCGAAGUUAGACAACCGAAUCCACUGGGUGCUCUUGGAGACGCUUUAAGGUCAGCGUUCGGAAUCAGUGGAGGAAAUGGGGGAAAUCUGCUUGGUUCUCUACUAAAUAAUGCCGCAAAUUUUCAACAGCCACAUUUCGGUCAGCCUCCUGGGAUGGUGCACCUGGUUCCACACAACUUCCAACAGCCGCCACGUUUUGGUCCGCUUCCACCGCCACAUUUUGGUCCGCCCCCUGGAAUGAUUCACCUUGCUCCGGGACGCCACUUCCAUCCUCCCCCGGUUAACCCCAUUGACGGGCUUAUUAAUUCCGUACUCGGCAAUCUUUUUGCGGGUUAGCCAGUGGUUGACAGUUUCUAAUUUAUGGAAAUCCUACUUUAUUAUAUAAUUAUAUUAAAUUGAUGUAUGUAAUGUUGGUGUUUAUCAGUGAAUAAUUAUAUAUGUCGCCCUUGAAGCGAAUAAAAAAAUAUAAUAUUAAUGUCUUCAAUUUCAUUUUCUAAGUACAUAUAUUUAAGUUGCAUU